AUGGGGGGCAGAAUACACGGAUUUCUAGGAGGAGUUCUCCUUACUGCAUCUUUAACGUAUUACACGGGACAAUAUAUUGAAAAAAACAGUCGUUUUGUCUCCACACAAUUGCAGCAUGCUAAUACAGUAGUUACAGAUAGAAUUCUCUCUAACAAGGGAAUUCCAAAGCCAAUUGCGGUUGAUAACAAUAUUGAUUUGCGUACAAGACCAUUUGGAGAGACAGCUAAAGAUAUUUGGAACGACGAAAUUAUUAAAAUGGUCAAUUGGUUGUACAGCAUCAAUUGGUACAGCUGGGGUGUUGAAGCUGACAAGAAGUUUCAGGACUUGACCAACAAAGUCGCUGAGAGCAUAGCUGGGGAAGCAAAAAAAUAG